AUGCGUUGGUACUUUAGUUUGCUUAUAAUCAUUCAACUAUUUUUAAUUUGUGUUAACAUAACACUUUCAAAAUGUCCUAGUGGAUGUACCUGUGAUGACAACGAUCACAAGUUAAAAUGCAGAUUUCCAGCUGCAAGAGCAAUACCUCAAUAUAUAUUUCCAAGAAAUAUUACUUCUCUAGAUCUCUCAGACAACAACAUAUUAAACAUACCUCCUGGAUGUCUGAGGUCCAUAACAAAGUUGGAAGAAAUCAAUAUGGACAAUAACAAAAUCUAUUUUAUCGAAAAUGGAGCAUUCAAGGGUGCAAAGCAACUAAGAAAAAUAUCGUUAGAAGACAACAACAUUCAUUUCAUCGAGAACGAUGUGUUUUCAAUAUUACCCAAUCUUGAAGAACUGAAAUUAAAUAAAAACCAACUGACAACGUUCCCAAAUGUUCAAAAUAAUCCACAUCUAUCAAUAUUAUCUUUAUCGUAUAACAACAUUAAUAUGAUACCAAAUAAAGCUCUUGAAGAGAACAACGAGUUAAGAGAAUUGCAUCUGGAAUCGAAUCAAAUAUCCGAUUUGCCACGAAGUAUUUUCCCAGCCGAAGUAUCUAACUUUACUGUUUUAAACUUGGUUAAAAACAGACUACACGACACGCCAAAAGUUGUGGGGGAAAUGGUUAACCUUGAAACAUUGAAUCUUUGCUAUAAUCCUAUUAAGAUAUUUCGUUCAGACGACUUCAGACAACUUUCCUCUCUUAAGACUCUUACAUUGACAGAUGUAGGAUUAUCUACGUUUCCUGGGAAUAUAUUAUGGUUUCCUAUGCUUGAGUACUUGGAUAUCGCUAAAAAUGAAAUAUCUGGAACUGGUUUAAGUAGUAUAAGGUUCAAAAAACUUAAAACUCUCAAGUUAAGUGGAAACCCGAUUGAUGCGAUUGGUGGAAACGCGUUUAGAGGGAUCCCAGAGGUUGAAAAUAUAUUUGCUAGCUCGUGUGGAAUAACUGGCAUCGAUGACGAAGCUUUUUCAAGUCUUUCACGUCUGAAGAAACUAGAAUUACAAAACAAUAAGCUCAGCACUCUACCCAAGUUUUCAAAAAAUUUCAAUCUUGAAGAGAUCAACGUGAACAACAAUAAAAUUUUUGCUUUAGCUCCUCUCACACUCAGCUCGCUCCGAAGUUUGAAAAAACUAUCAAUGGCAAAUAACUCCUUAUCUGAGAUAAGUGCAUCUGCGUUUGGAAGUAGAUACGCAGCAGCACUUUCUUCUAUUGAUAUUUCUGGAAAUAAGUUUACCAACAUACCACCAAUUUUAGCUGAAAAAGUGACAAAUUUGACAUCGUUGAAUAUAUCCAGAAAUCUUUUAAGUGACGAGUUUAAAUUUUCAUCUAUAUCGGAAAUGAAAAAUCUAAAAGAACUUAACGUGAAGAAAAAUCAGAUAAAUGAAUUACUGCCAGAUAUAUCACUGGAUCUUCCAAGUUUGAAGCGAUUGUAUAUGUGUGAUAAUAAUUUAACACGUGUUGAAAAUGGGACAUUGAAAAGAUUUCCAAAUCUUGAAGAGUUUACAGCAAAUCGUAACAAAAUUGAACAAUUGAAUAAAAAUGUAUUUACUGAUAAUAAAGCGUUGAAAAAGUUAUGGUUAAAUGGAAAUGGACUGUUGACUGUUGACGAAGAUACUUUUAAACCUCUAAAUGAGCUCACUGAUUUGAUGCUACUAUUCAACAAGUUAACGAGCAUUCCAAAGUUGACAUCAAAUCAUAAGUUAACCAGAUUUGGUUUCUGUAACAACCCGGUAGGAGAUUUACCAGCAGAAGCACUUACUGGACCAAAAGCACUAGAAAUAGUAUUACUCAGAAGUAUAGGAACGACAUCACUCGAUUCAAAAGUGUUUGGAAAUGUGAAAGCUAUAAAAUAUUUAAAUCUUGCAUUGGACAACAAACUAACAAAUGUUCCACCACUGGUUAGAAACAUGACUUCACUUCGAGUAAUCAAGUUGACAGGAAAUCCCAUUGAACAUCUCUCAGCUAGAGAUUUUGAAGGCUUGAACAACUUACGUGAGAUUCGAAUUGAUAAUAUGAAACUCACAUCAAUGGAUGUGACAGAAUUAUUCCCCGCUCUUCCCGCUAUCAGGACUCUUCACUUGUCUGGAAAUCCAUGGAUGUGUGACUGUAACAUGCAGUGGUAUUCUCUGGGUAUUGAUGGACACAGAGCUAGAGUGACAACUGAAGAUCGUUCGAAAUUAAAAUGUGCUGGUCCGGGUAGAUUGAAUGGAAAAUCGUUUGAUUAUCUUCGUUUAGGAGACUUCGGGCAAUGUAUUGAAAGCAAAGUCGUCGAGGUUGAUGAAACCUCAGUUGUCGUAUCUCUGCCUUCUUUAAAUGCAGUUGGAAGACAGGGUAGCAAUGUUUUCCAUAAAGUAUCAUACGUUCCGCUUAUUGGAGAUCAUGAGGAAAUCGUAACCAUAGUACAGCGAAGUCACAAAGAAAUUCGAUUGUCAACACUUAUUCCUGACACGUCGUAUGUUGUUUGCGUCUCUGCUGUUGUUCCUUUAAAAUUGAGACACAAUUCAGGCAAUCAAAAUGAAGAGCCAAUAAAAAGACGAAUCAAUUCUCAAAUAAAUGAAGAGUCUUGUCAACGGUUUCGCACAAAAGAACCAAAAGUUAAAACGCCAUGGAGCAAUGGAGCAAAAGCUGGAUUGGAUGAGAGUCCCAAGUAUCUUAUAAUUGUUAUUGCUGGUCUUGCUGGUGCUAUAGCCAUCACUCUUGUUGCAACUGUGAUUUCUGUCGCUGUCUGGUGCAGAAAAAUUAAAGCAAACGCACAAGGAGAAUUUCAUGCAUUUGACGAUACAAUUGAUGCGGAAAAUCACGAAAAUGAGACAUCGAAAGCAAAAUCAAAAGUAAAAAGUCGUGAAAAAUCUGGAAAUGGAAAAACAAAGCGCCAGGCAAACGAGACUGCAGACAGAGAUCAAAAUGGAGAAGCUCUGGAAAUGACCUGCGGAACAAAUUCUGGCAACGAAAAUCAUGCAUUUAACUCUUCGGAGGUCGCACAACGUACCAAACUUUAAAGUAAAAUAAUAACAUUUAGUAUUUUAUUUUUAUAUAUUUUGAUUAUCUUGUGACUUUUUACAUCUGGCCAUGAAUGUAUAUUAUUAGUUAGUUUGCUUUGUUUUUCAGUUCAAGUCCAGAGCCAAAAUUCUAAAAGUAUCAAUAAAAUAAAGAUAUUCUACUGUGAUUUUGGUUUAUAUUGUACAUCUUCUACUUAUUUUACUGUACAAUGAUAAAUUUUUAUAACUGCGAAACAUGAGAUAAAAAAUUAGGUUUUGCUUUCAUAUUUGUAGUUGUUACAUUUAUGAGGGAAAUUUAUUAAAAAAUCGCACUGGGGAAUAAACAUUUUGUUUAUAGUUUGACAGGCCAUAUCAAUAAUAUUUUCACUUGUUGCCAUCAAACAUGACGUCACGAGUUUCAUUAUUUUUAAAAGUGAAAUUUUGCGUAAGUCAAAGUUGCCUCAUCAUCAAUGAUGAUCAAUGACAACAACAAUCGUGAUAAAAUUUUUGUUCAAUUUGCGACCUCACUAAUAAAAUUUUAUCGGUGACAAAAUCGCCACGGCUAGUUUACUAGAAGAAUUGUAUCUUAUCAACCAAUCACUCAGGUACACCUGGUAUUUGCUGGUAACACGUCAAAAAUGAUUGAUGACUUAGUUGGCAAUAGUAGCCCACCCAUUGUAACUUGUUUACAGAACAUAGGUGGUAUAUGAGUUGCUUUUUAUACAGUUAAUAGUUGUGGUUAUUGUUUUUGAAAAAACAACCAAAUAAAAUGUUUGAGCUAAAAAAUAAUUUACAGUAGCUAGUGUAUGCUAUGAUUCUGUAAAAAUAAUGCAGGAUAGUUAACGUAGAUGGGUGUGUAAAGUGGUUUCUCUCUGAGUUAAGAUCACUUCUCACUGAUUUUCUACGUUUAGUUUAUUACGGUACAAAUGUUUAAUCAGCAAUUUUUCCAACCUUUUUUUUCUGCUUCUAGGAAUUCUUCGAUUUAAAGUCUGAACUCUUUUGUUGAUUUUUGGAAAAUUACUAGAAGUACUUGCUUUCAUUAUAAAUAAAACUUUUACCAUUGUAUAUAUUUCAUUGA